CCUUUAAUGGGACUAGUUCUAUAGAAAAAAACCUAAAUCCCCAUCGUCUUCUCCUCCAGAUCUUCGGCCAUGGCAUCCGCAGGCAAAUCCUUCCUUCAAACCAUAAGACGCUACAUCAAGAAGCCAUGGGAAAUCACUGGCCCAUGUGCUGACCCAGAAUACAAGUCCGCUCUGCCUCUUGCCGCCGAUUACCGGCCAUUUUGUCCGGCCACUGAACCGGCCAAGGCCAUCGUCCCAACCUCCGAUCCAGAAACCGUGUUCGACAUCAAAUACUUCUCUCGCGAUCAGCGCCGUAACCGCCCGCCCAUCCGCCGCACCGUUCUGAAGAAAGAUGACAUCGUUAAAGCGAUGAAGGAGAAGUCGUUUGAUGUCGCUGAUUUCCCUCCGGUUUAUUUGACAACUGCAGUUGAAGAAGACUACAAUGCCUGUGGUGGAGGUUAUUGCAAGUAAUCAGGUUUAAUCUCUUGAAAGACUUGCCUGCAACAAAAAUAAAUUAAAUGGUGUUGUUUCUUUUGGACAUUACUUUUCUUUUUCUUCCUUUUUAUUUUUUUCAUGUCUACACACUUAAAAUACCUUUUACUAAUGCUUUAUUGAAAGCAUAAUUGAAGUUC